AUGGACGCCGAAUCCUCGGGCGCUGGCGCCGGGGCGAGUGGUUCCGCUGGACCCCCAAGCUCCUCUCUGCCCAUCAAACGCGCCUGCGAUGCCUGCCGCGCUCGCAAGAUUCGCUGCGAUAGGGAGACCCCCUGUGCUCAUUGUCAACACGCCGGCAUCGAGUGCAAAAACACUUCAGGGCUCAAGCCCAAGGAGAAGAGGACUCGCAUUCUCAUUACUCCCCAAUACGAGAAGAAGAUCGACCUCAUAGACCGUCGCCUAGACGGCGUCGUCCGUCUUCUCGAAGACCUCAAACUGCAACUACCCACCGCCGCGACGAUUACGGCCGCGGCCUCGUCCGCCUCCGCCGCGACGGGAUCCGCCCCGCUGCCCUCGCAACCCGUCGUCGCUCCUACUUCAACACCCGCCAACCAUGCCGACAUCGUGCAAGCAACCGGCUACAUGGUCGAGGGUGAAUCCUCCAUGACGGCCCAGUCCAUCUUCGCUCACGAGUUCCUCCGGAAAACGGUCGGUGACGCUUCGUCGGUCCUCGAGAUGCGGGAGACGCUCGACGCCCUUCACUCGCUUGUCGAGGCGCUCAAGCAACAACCCACGGCGCACGAGCUCACGUAUCCCCACGCCAGGAUCCUGCGGCGGCCUGCUUUCAGCGACUGUGAGAUGCCUCCGGUACAAUCCGCCGUCGGCAUCAUCCGUGAUGGAAAAGCUCAACGGAUUCUCGGUCUGGAGUGGAUCAAGAACUUCCUUCACUUGGACCAUUUCACGGAUUUGGCUCUCAAAAUAUACUUUGCGCCGACCGAGUUCAAUGAAGCCGAGUUCAUCAUCGUGAACGCUGGAUUGGAAGCCCUCUAUUUGGACAUGAUCAUGUCAGCAAAGGUCACGGAGCAGCAGAAGGAAGAAUACACUAAAAUGGGUGCUCUGUGUCGUGAUAAUCUCGAGACUGCACUUGCAAAUCUUCCCUUGCACCUGCCGGCUACCAUGGACAUGAUCGUGGCCCUGCUCUUUGGAUCAUAUCACGCCGUCGAAGUAGCCAAGCCCUCUCUGGCAUGGACACUGAACUGCGCGGCGGCUCAGCUGUGUCAGACCCUGGGUUACCACCGCAUACUCUCCGUCAAGAGCGGCAACCGCGAUGACGAAGACUACAAAAUCUUUCUCUUUUGGUCCGUCUACUUCGUCGACAAGAGUCUGUCCCUCCGCUUGGGACGACCGUCCACGAUCUCAGACUACGACAUCACCGUCCCUUACCCGGCCAGCUCCAGCAAGAUCCACGGCGCAUUGAUGAGCUACUUCUGCCUGUGGGUCAUCGUCUCCAGCAUCCAGGGCAAGACCUACGAGCAGCUGUAUAGCCCCGAGGCAAUAGCGCAGCCCACAUCGGUCCGCGAAGGCCGGGCUCGUGGCCUCGCGGCCGAGCUGCAGCGGGUGACGGAACGCACACAAGAAACUCAUUCGCAAUACCUGCAGACGGCGAUCGAGGCAGUCGGAGAGAACACCAUGGACUUUUUCAACGUCUCUGACGAGGUUUUACGGCUGUCGCUGCUAACCAUCAUCUACCGAGCCGUGCCGUCGCCGCCCGGGUCUCCGACGACAUUUGGCACUGAAUGCAUCGACGCGGCAAGGGCGACGCUCCAGAGGCAUCAGGACUGCAUGGAAAUCAUGGCCAAGGACGGCUACUACCUCUUCCCCAUGUACAUGAACUGGACGAUCCUCUUCGCGCCAUUUGUGCCGUUCAUCGUCAUCUUCUGCCAAGUGAUGGAAACCAGCGACGCGGCGGACCUGGCGCGGCUGCAGGCCUUCGUGUCGUCGAUCCAGGCGGCCAAGGAGUUCACCGAGGCGUCGGCGCGGCUGUACCGGCUGUUCCAGGUGCUCUACAACGUGGCGUUCCGGUACGUCGAGAUGCGCAACAACGCGCAGCCGUCGGAGCAGGCGCAGACGACGCAGGAGAUGGACAAGUACCUCGCGGCGCUCGGGUUCCCGCCGGCGGGGCUGGGCGGGGCCGCGGAGCGACAAUCGGGCGGAGAAGUGGGGGGCUCGGAGGGUAUGGUGGGGUCGUCGUUCGAGGACGGGGCGGCGAACCCGGCCGGCAGCGGUCCGCUUAACCAGAUGAUGUGGAUGGGCAACGCGACGCAGCUGGAGGAUUGGUUUUACAGUAACCAGCAGAUGAUGGGGUUGGUGGAGGACGACGCGUCGUUUUUGCAAUAA